GUCACGUUGCGCAGGCGCAGCUUGUUGGCUCCCUGUCAGUACCAUAGCAACCAGACCAGGCAUCAACCAUCAACAUGGCCAAAGCAACGACUGUGAGAGAAGCACUGGUCAAAUGGGAGGAAAAGUCAGGGGAGAAAGUGAGCGAGGCUAAAGCAAUAAAACUGUAUGGUCAGAUUCCUCCUAUAGAGAAGAUGGAUGCUUCUCUCUCCACACUCACCAACUGCGAAAAGCUGUCUCUGUCCACAAACUGCAUUGAGAAAAUAACCAAUCUCAAUGGCUUGAAGAACCUGAGAAUAUUGUCAUUAGGAAGAAAUAACAUAAAGGCACUUACUGGCCUGGAGGCAGUAGGGGAUACAUUAGAAGAGCUGUGGAUCUCCUAUAACUUGAUAGAGAAACUAAAGGGAAUCCAAAGCAUGAAGAACCUGAAAGUCCUCUACAUGUCCAACAACCUGGUGAAAGAAUGGGGAGAGUUUGUGAGGCUAGCUGACCUACCUUGCCUCGCAGACCUGGUGUUUGUUGGCAAUCCUCUGGAGGAGAAGCAUUCAGCUGAGGGAACUUGGAUGGAUGAAGCCUCUAAAAGACUUCCUAAUCUGAAGAAACUAGAUGGAACCCCAGUCAUCAAGCAGGAAGAAGAUGAAGGAGAUGGAGAGAGCUGAGAAGCAUGACUAUCUGCAAAAUUACAACCCCUGUCCCUAAGAGUCUUCCCUUUCUUAAGUUUUGUAUGGUUUGUCAUGUUGUUUUUCUCUAUAUAAAAUAUGAUUUUUACAACAGCGUAGACUUUGUUGUAGAUCAACAAGCACAAAACAACCAACAAAUACACAGAAUGUGUAUGAGUUGUAAGAAGUGACAAUUCUUCUGGCCUUGUGGGUUUGGGACCAGGAAGAAGGGUUUGGGACCCUAUAAGUAGAACUAUAUGUUAAGUACAUUUCCUAAUGGUAUUUACACCAUUAUGAUUUUUUUUUUACUGUCAGAAUAUGAAAUAUAUUGAAGCUAAUGCUGAUGUGUUUUAUAGUGUCCUUGAUUUUAUAUGCCUCAAAGUUCCUCUAGCUAGAACUAAAGCACAAUGUAGCACUAGUGAGCAGUGACAUUUGUGUGGACCAGAUGUUGAUCAGGUAAUACUAUUAACUCCAUGCUGCUGGACCUUCUCCAGCCUAAUAGGAGAUUGCUGUAAAUACCUGACACAGUUCUCAGUCUGCAUCACCAUACAGAGAUCUUCAAACACCAAUAAAGAUUAGCCAGAUUACACUACAUUUACAUCACAUUGGAGUAAGCAGUAGAGAAACUGAUGAUUAGAGAGUGACAAUUUUAGUGUCAGCCACAAGUGAAACAUUUAGUAAAUAGUUGCAUCUUGCCAUUGGACUUGAACAGCACACUGUUUUCCUAGUUAUGAUCAGAAUUCAGGAUUUGCAAUAAUCAGGAUCUGUUACCUAACUGACCUCUCAGGUAGUAAGCAUAAUUAAAAUAAGAGGUUAUUAAGUUUGUGUGUACUGUCCUUUGCAUCAGUACCUUCUCCAGCUACACUGCAACAGCCUUUGGGCAGGACUGAGAAGCCAACAUAACUGAGAGAGAUAUGACCAAAAUACAUCCACAGCUCUGUUUGAUACUAUUUGAGAUCUUCCUUCUAUGAUGCUGAGGUCACAUAUGUCUAAACUUUAUGAUAUUCAGAUUAAACAUAAGUAUGCAUUGUAAUAAUGUCUGAUGUUUAUUAUUCUGAAGGGCAAAAACUAAUUACCAAUGUGUGUAAAAUGUUUUUUUUUUUAUGUUUUAAAUUAUUUUGGCAUGUUUGUACUUACAAUUGUGAGAUGUUAAUAAUUUUAAAUGAUUUUGAUAUUUUAAAUAAAUACUAUUGAUGUGA